AUGAGCGGCUGUCGCAUUCUUAUUACCGUCACGGUGUGGCGCGGCCGUGAUGACGUCUCUUCACUAGCAAACAUGGCGAAGAAACAACGUGUGAAACCCGCGUCGUCCUCAAAGUCUGCGGACAGCGAGACACACAAACAGAAACAGACGGAAAGCUUCAGUCUAACUCUCGAGUCCAGCGACGACGAGGCUCCAGAAGAGGUGACCUUCGAGGACUCAAAGGCUGCGGCUCUCCGGAGCAUGAAGGAGGCGCUGGACUCGGCCAGAAGGGAAAAAGAGCUGCUGAAGGAGAAGAGGAAGAAGAGGCAGGAGUUAUUCCAGGAACAGAAGAAAAGAAAACUGUUACCGACCGACGUGUUGGAGGAAAUCGACUCGGCUCCUUCAAAGGAGCAGAAACAGUCGGAGGAUGAAGCUGAGGAGGAGGAGGAGGCGGGAGAGGACGACAGCAGCAGGAGGAAGAAGAAGAGGAAGAGGAGCGGGAAACUGCCACAUUCCCGAAAUGUGAAGGGAAACUACAUGGUGACCACGGUGAAGGAGCGAGCGGCGGCGGCGUCCUUCCAGCAGCAGACGGCGGAGGAUUUCAUCCAGUCCAGACUGUACGGAGCGGGAAGCUGCAGGAGCACAAGUAACGAGCUGCUGUCCCUCCAGAACAAGAAGGGCAGGAAUAAAAGUGCAGCGGUGCAGUUUGUCAGGAAGGGCUGGGCCAGCAAAGAAAAAGCCAAAGCAGAGAAGCUGAAGAAGCGGUGGAUCCACAAGCAGCAGAUUCCCUCCUGCUGACCGGGGGGACGUCUGAAAACCUCGACCCGGAC